UGUUCUGAGGGACCCUCAGAUCAGAUCCUCAAGAGAUCUGCUAGACAGACUUUGGUAAGAGGUUGAGCACUUUCUGCUGAACCGGAUGACACAACGAAGAGGAGAACAAAGACUUCUAAGUUCACCCAUUGCAUUGUGAGGAAUGAGGUGAUCUCUCAAAGAUGUUGAUUCAAUGGAAAAAUUAACCAGCCUUGAGAGAGUUACCCUACCUCCCUCUGGGGCCCCUAUGUUGAGCAAAAACAAAGCCAGCAUUUUCCAGACAGCACAGGUUUUGGUUUUUUUGUCAGACAUUUCAUCGUUCAUAGGAAACGACAUUUCACCUAAGUGCUCCUGAGAGGCGACUGAACGCUGCCUGAACUGAGGCUUAGGAUGGAGACUGCUGGAUAAGAGUGCUGUGCGUUUUUGAGUUGCUUCCUUAAGCCUACAAAGGCCAGGAAUUGAGAGAGGCAAAUCCAGGAACCUGGACUAACAGAUUUUCCUCCUACAUGUGAGUGUCUUCUCAUCCAUGAUUGAUGUCAUCCCUGGAUCUGUCUGAACAGAAGAUCCAGGUCUCCACAAUGAAUCCAGAAAACACCACCAACCCUGUGACUGAGUUCAUCCUGUUGGGUUUCCCUUCCCUUGAGCAGAAGAACCGCAUCCUCCUAUGCAUUCUUCUCUCCUUAGCCUAUACUGUGACACUGGCAGGCAACUUGUGCAUCGUAUGGGCUGUUGUGCGAGACCCCCGCCUCAGCUGCCUACCCAUGUAUGUCCUGCUGGGGAACUUCUCUUUCCUGGAGAUCUGCUAUGUCACCGCCACAGUGCCACGGAUGAUCUCAGACCUGCCAACCCCACAGGGAGAUGUCAUUUCCUUUCAAGGCUGCUUCCUCCAGUUCUACUUCUUCUUCUCCAUGGGGGCUGCUGAGUGCUUCUCCCUUGCAGCCAUGGCUUUAGAUAGGUACCUAGCUAUCUGUCAUCCCCUGCACUACUCCAGCUUUAUGUCCCAGCGGCCCUGCCUUGUUCUGGUGGCCUCUUGCUGGUUCCUUGGCUUUCUCUGGUUCAUAGUCCCCAUUGUCCUAAUCUCCAAAGUCCCUUUUUGUGGCCCCAAUAUUCUGGAUCAUUUCAUGUGUGACCCUGUCCUAUUGUUGGCUACUUUCUGCAUCCCAGCUCCCCGCACUAAACUUUCUUGCUACAUCCUGUGUUGCCUCCUUAUCUUCACCACUUUCCUCUUCAUCCUGACCUCCUAUGUGAUGGUCCUUAGGGCAGCAUUUAGGCUGCCACAGGGGUCUGGUAGACGCAAGGCUUUCUCCACCUGCACCUCACACCUGGCUGUGGUGGGUCUCUUCUACACCUCUGUUAUGGCUACCUACAUUAUUCCGUCAGCCCCUGGGAGCAAUAUGAAGGUGGUGACACUUUUCUAUGUGCUGGUAACUCCAUUGCUUAACCCACUGAUCUACAGUUUGAGAAACAGGGAGAUGAAGGAAGCAUUGAGGCGGACACUACUGGGGAAGAGGUAAUGUGUUUAAUAUGGCUCUCAGCUGGAAAGGAGUGGUACAGAGAAUAAGGCAAGGGACCUUUUCCUGCUAGAGGGCCCUUGUUCCAAUUCUGCCCAAGGGCAGUGGGACUGGCUACGCCAGGGAACUGGUUCUGGGAUCUAGGGCAUUUGAAGUCUAGGAUAUUCUAGUUUUGAUCCAAUUAACCAAGCAGAGCAUUUGUGCAAUUUUAAAGAGUCACUGUAUAAAACU